AUGGAAGAAGUUCAACGGUAUUAUCCAGACAAAGCUAGAGUGGUGAACAUUGGUAAUACUGAAGAAGGACGACCUAUCAAAGGUGUUCUCCGCCCAGUAUCGCCGGUAGGUUCCGAGUUGCCUAGUUGGGACCACAGCCAGCAUUUCCAACUGGGUAGUCCGGUGUCCGCCAGGCGUGGUGGACAUGGUCCUAAUCGCGGAUGCGUUGAUGAGCGCUUUAUUCAGAUCGGCACCGGAGUUCAUCGGACUGAUAAGCGAGUGAUUUGGAUUGAUGGUGGUAUUCAUGCCAGAGAAUGGGCAGCUGUUCACACGGUUAUCUAUAUUAUCGAUAGAGUGAGUGACCUCUAA